GAAUGAAUGACGAAUGCCUGCGGCAUGGAUGCGGCUUAGUCGUCUUCUAGAAAUAUGCGGCUACUGGAACUCUCCGACAACAGCCAACAGCACGACACGACGCGUGACCUGACAAUGAUAAACUGACCGUAUUUUCGCGCGCUAUACCCUUCAAUCUCGGCCGUCUAGAAUCGAACCAAUCCCAAUGAUAGUUGCUUGCCCUUGUGAAAAUCGUCUUUCGCUGCAAUCUUCCAGAGAAGCGCAUUACUCGCAAGCAUGGGUAACAGCGGGAGCAAGGUCACAGCCCAGGAUAAGGCCAUACUCGACUUGAAAAAUCAACGCGACAAGCUGCAUCGGUACCAGAAGAAGAUUACGAUCCUGACGGACAAGGAGACGGAGAUAGCCAAGCGGAUGCUUGAGCAGGGCGAUAAGAAAAGAGCAUUGCUGGCGUUACGGCGCAAGAAAUACCAAGAGUCUCUGCUGGCAAAAACAGAUGCUCAACUAGACCAACUCGAGAAACUGGCAAACAGUGUCGAGUUUGCCCUGAUACAAAAGGAUGUCGUGUUCGGACUACAACAGGGAACGAAGGUCCUCGAGGAGAUACAUAAGGAGAUGGGAGGCAUAGAGCAUGUCGAGAAGUUGAUGGGCGAAACGGCAGAUGCUAUCGCAUAUCAAAAGGAAAUCAGCGAGAUGCUGGGCAACAGCAUGUCAAACCAAGACGAAGACGAGGUGGAAGACGAGCUAGCCGCCCUGGAGGCAGAGGUGAAUGGCGUCUCAGCAUUACCAAAUGCCCCGCAAACCAAUCUACCAAAGGUCAAGGACCCGGUUGCAGCCGAGUCUACAGCUGUGAAGCCAGAUGCCGAACGAGAAGCCAUACCGGCAUGAUAAGGGAUGGAGGGACUGGAACCGCCCGAGGACGCAACGAAGUCACGACGUUCAUGCCAUGCGAUUUUUUGGAUACAUUUUUUCCCCCUCAGACCUCACAGUAUUCACUAUUGAUAUCCCUCGCAUUUUGCGGAAGUCCUCAUACGUCUUGGCAAACUCUGCCGUGUCAAAGAAAACGCAAACAAGCGCCGCGAUAAAGAUGCCCACGGAACUGCAAGACCUUGCAUACGGAUGUGAGCUAGAUCUAGAUACCAUAUAUUGGAUCUAGGUUUCUAGCAGAACCACCAGCAGUCAAGUGCGAGAAAUGACUUUUUUUCCCCCGUUAUUUUUGUUUCAUUCCAGAUGCUGGUUGACCGAGGUUGAUUGACCUCAAGAAACUACCUAGUUCCAUUUCAUUUGGAACCCAGACUGGAGAUGGAAAUAAACGAGCUUCAGUAGAGCAAGUUCGGGUAUGCUGCAAAUGGAAGGUCACAUGCCGUCAGCGUUCGAGCGAGGACCCAAGUUCAGUUUUAGCCGAUGUAUAAGACUAAGAGUGCGUGAGCUCAGGUCAAGCAAGGCUUGCCAGGCAAAAAUUGAUUUAUCGAUAUUAUCUCAUAAAGAUGCGAUCGGGCUAGAGUGGGUUUGAAAUUAGAAAUUGGUUAACAAACAGACUUCAUGUGAUGGAAUCCAUCAAAUGUGCAACGUCUACGAAGUAAUUAUGUCUAAAGUUGAGGUACGUACAGUAUGCACAUUUUUAC